ACAAUGAUGUCAGGGAUGCAGGUCCCGUAUACACGGAAUGUGUCCUUGUGUAUCGGUUCUUCGGUGACCAUCAGAGGGGCACCUGCCAAUUGUUUCAGAAAGGACCCACAGCUGCAGGUGGAUUUCCACACGGGCACCAGUGAGAAGUCUGACAUCGCCUUCCAUCUGCGAGUGUACUUUGGCCAUUGCGUGGUCAUGAACAGCCUUCGGUGCGGGGGCUGGGACUGUGAGGUGAAAUACUCCCACACGCCCUUCACAGAGUGUAGACAGUUUGAACUGUGCAUCAUGGUGCUGCACAAUGAGUACCAGGUCGUGAUAAACGGCCAGCACUGCUACAGCUUUGCCCACCGAGUCCACCCAGCAUCUGUGAGGAUGAUUCAGGUGUGGAGAGAUGUCUACCUGACCUCAGUGGACGUCCGCUAGGGGACGGGAGUUUCCAGACAUGCCAUGAUCCAGGAGUCCCCUCUCUCUGCGUGACCUAUGGAUUCCCAAAGCCAACAUGAUGGCUCCUCAUCUCCUUGGCUAUACUUGCUCAUUAAAAUGUUACCAAACUUCA